UGAAAAAGAUAUCCCCUUUAAUCUCUGGGUAAGUGUGAAGUCUUACCCAAAUAGAUGUGUUUUGAAAUUGCGAUGGAAGGAUAGGAAGGAAGGCAUUGGUAUGCAGUAUGCAGUGUGUAUGAGGUGAAGCGUUAGCAGAAGAAGGGCAAUGCAAGUGCAAGCAGCGGUGGGAGGGCGAGUCCCCACAUGGUUCUCCCGCCGCCGUCUCCUCGAGGAGAAGCUGACCGACCUCCACCGCUGCACCAACCUCGACGCCGUCAACCAAAUCCACGCUCAAGUCCUCAAAGCCCACCUCCACCACGACCUCUUCGUCGCCCCCAAGCUCAUCACCGCCUUCUCCCUCUGCCGCCACAUCGCCGCCGCCGUCAACGUCUUCAACCAGGUCCCCCACCCCAACGUCCACCUCUACAACACCGUCCUCCGAGCCCACGCCCACAACGCCUCCCACCCCUCCAUUCCCUUCAACACCUUCUUCCGUAUGCAGCAAAACGGUCUCUUUCCCGAUAACUUCACCUACCCUUUUCUCCUCAAGUGCUGCUCCGGCCCCUCCUCCCUCCCCUUGGUCAAAAUGAUCCAUGCCCACGUCCAAAAAUUCGGUUUUUAUCACGAUAUCUUUGUUCCCAAUUCGCUCAUUGACUCCUACUCCAGGUGCGGGAGUGUGGGCCUUGAUGGGGCCAUGGGCCUUUUUUUGUCCAUGGAGGACCGGGAUGUUGUCACUUGGAACUCCAUGAUUGCUGGGUUGCUCAGAUGUGCUGAAUUGGAUCGUGCGUCCAGGGUGUUCGAUGAAAUGCCUGUCAGGGAUAUGGUUAGUUGGAACACCAUGUUGGAUGGCUAUGUCAAGGCGGGUGAGAUGGAUAAGGCGUUUGAGCUGUUCGAGAGAAUGCCUGAGAGGAAUAUUGUGUCGUGGUCGACCAUGGUUUGUGGGUAUAGCAAGACUGGGGAUAUGGUGAUGGCGAGGUUGUUGUUUGAUAGGUGUCCGGUGAAGAAUGUGGUGCUUUGGACGACGAUUAUUGCUGGCUAUGCUGAGAAGGGGAUUGCGAGGGAGGCGGCCGAGUUGUUUAGGAGAAUGGACGAGGCUGGGAUGAGGCCUGAUGAUGGGUUUUUGUUUAGUGUUUUGUCGGCAUGCACCGAGUCUGGAAUGCUCGGGCUGGGGAGGAGGAUUCACGAGUCUAUGAGGAGGUGGAGGUUUAGGUGUGGCACUAAGGUGUUGAAUGCGUUUAUUGAUAUGUAUGCCAAGUGUGGUUGUUUGGAUGCUGCGUUUGGUGUCUUUGAUGGAAUGAUGGGAAAGAAAGAUGUGGUAUCUUGGAAUUCAAUGAUCCAAGGAUAUGCUUUGCAUGGCCGUGGCGAGAAAGCGCUUGAGCUUUUCUCUAGGAUGGUGCAGGAGGGUUUUGAGCCAGAUGCAUAUACGUUUAUUGGCCUUUUGUGUGCUUGCACUCAUGCUGGCCUUGUUGAUGAAGGGCGUAAGUACUUUUAUUCGAUGGAGAGAGUUUAUGGGAUCGUUCCUCAGGUCGAGCAUUAUGGUUGUAUGAUAGACCUUCUUGGUCGCCGGGGACACCUGAAAGAAGCUUUCACGCUUCUGCGCAGCAUGCCUAUGGAACCAAAUUCCAUUAUAUUAAGUGGUCUUUUGAAUGCUUGUCGGAUGCAUAACGAUGUAGAUCUUGCAAGAGCUGUGUGUGAACAGCUGUUUAAGUUGGAGCCAGCAGAUCCUGGGAAUUACUCCCUUAUGUCAAAUAUUUAUGCCCAAGCAGGAGAUUGGAAGAAUGUUGCCAAUGUAAGGUUACAAAUGAAGAAUACAGGGGGCCAAAAGCCUUCUGGGGCAAGUUCCAUAGAGGUAGAAGAAGUAGUGCAUGAAUUUACUGUAUUUGAUCAGUCACACCCUAAAUCAGAUGAUAUAUAUCGAAUGAUUGACAGAUUGGUACAGGACCUCAAGCAGGUUGGAUAUGUUCCGAUGGUGCAUCAAUAGAGAUGAUUAAUGAAGAUCAUUUGGUUGCAUCGGUAUGCACAGCUGAAAUAAUGCUUCAAGAAAUGAAUAUGAUGAUUUAGUUGAGCACAAUGCUGGUUUACUAAAGUCAAGUUAACGAAUCAUCAUAUUCAUCACUACCACUGGUUUAGCAACAAAGUUAUAUGCAUGGCUGAACCUAUUCUUACGGUGCAAGCAUCCUCCACAUUGCUACUAAUGCUGGCAGGAGCACUCUUGUAAAGCAAAAGAAAGGGAAAAUUGUAAAGAGAAAAUUCUCGGAUUUUUCCGUGUACUACUUGUUCUAUAAAGAAGCUACACUUCACAAUGACAUGUGUAUACUGGGUGGCAAUUCCACCCAACCAAUAUUCCUGUGUGCUGUUUAUUGGCAUAGCAUCAAUCCAGCCCUAUUUAUUAUACUUGAAAGUUGAAACAUUUAAGACAGUGAGGUUGUUUCUAGAGUUACACCUGCUAUGUCUAAUCUGCACGGCACGUGGUUCUACAUUUGGCAUUUGCGUUCUUCUCAGUGUUAACUUCAUUCGGCCUAUGUUUCUUUAUCUUCAUCUUCUGUUCAUUUCUCUUGAUGGCCAAAAGAUCUCAAGAUGACUGAUUAUGUCAAGUGAAUUGUGAGAGCCUCCAUUUUGGAUAAUUGAAUGUAAAUGGAUACCUUAGCACGUUCGUUUUAAUUGAUGCUGACAAUACUUUUCUGCAA